AUGGCGCAGGAGAACAGCAAUUCGACCAUGGAAAUGGGAACUAGUGAUCAGGUUCUAGUAGCAAGCAAAAGGAAAAAGACAUUAACAUACACUAUCGGUGGUCUCGCGAUGGUCGUAGUAGUUGCUGUCGUUGUUACACUAGUGGUUGUGUUGUCUGGCAACGAAGGGGACGCCCAGCCCAUCGUGUCCACUACAGUAGUACCGACGACACCGAUAUCAACGACCGCCGCUCCGAUCAUUUCAACAAGUACCGCACCUCCCGAACCGACACCAGCACCCGAAGAGGAAGAUCUGCUUGAUCUAGAAUCUAUAAUCAACGGAGUAUUCACCCCUGCUACAUUCAAUGGCACAUGGACUUCAGGCAACGAUGUACUAUUCAGAAGUGCGAAUGGAGACCUGGUCUUGUAUGACGUGGACAGCAACAGCACCUUAUUGCUUAUCAGUAACACAUCACAGCUUCUCCAGCAGUCAUCACGGGUAACUGUUCUAUCCAAAGACGGUGAAUUGGUGAUGUUAGCCCACAACGUUAUUCCGAUUUUCAGAUACAGUUUCUACGCCCACUACACUGCUGUGAACAAAUUCAGUGGUGACCAUACGAUCAUUUUGCCACCUGGAACGAAUGCGUCGCAAGCGUUCCUUCAGAAUUUCCAAUGGGGUCCAACUGGUACAUCACUUGCCUACGUGUACGAGAACAAUAUUUACUACCAACCUAACAUCACCAGUGAACCUGAGCUUAUCACGGAUACCGGUGAACCUAACGUCAUUUACAAUGGCAUUCCUGAUUGGGUUUACGAAGAGGAGGUGUUUUCUUCGAGUAACGCCAUGUGGUUCUCUGCUGAUGGAACGAAACUUGCAUACGUCACCUUCAACGACACCGAAGUAAGGCGCAUGAAGGUUCCACACUACGGCGUGCCCGGCUCCGUCGAUUAUCAAUACACGCAACAUCACGAACUCAGAUACCCCAAGCCUGGGACAAUAAAUCCAACAGUCUUCGUUACACUUCGUGACCUGGAUUCUACUGUUGAAUCGGUUUACAAUGCGCCCACUGAUUUGAACGAGCCGAUAUUGAAGUCUGUGCAGUUCGUGAACAACAAUGCGAUCGCAAUCAUGUGGACCAAUCGUGUGCAGACUCAACUAUUAGUUACGUUGUGUCCAUUCGAAGGCACUUGUUCUCAGAUUUUCACCUACACCGAAACAAAUGGUUGGAUUGACAAUAUUCCCUUUAUCUUCAAUCAAGCUGGAAAUGCUUUUAUAACAAUAUUACCGCAGUUUGUAAACGGAAGACUAUUCAAACAAAUUGUACAAAUCUCUGAUAUAAAUGCGAGUAUGUGGACUGCUUCUGGCCGCACUAAGACGCCACAUACAGUCACCAAGAUCCUCAAGUGGACAUCUGACGACGUUGUAUGGUACGAAGCAACACACGUGAACGAUACAGCUCAACAGCAUGUGUACAGCGUUAGUGCAAGCAGUGAGGUGGUAUGCUUCACGUGCAACGUGAGCAGGACAGACGGUGGCGAGUGUCUCUACAACGAGGGCUCGCUCAGUGAGGACGGAGCGAGGAUCGCCAUCAAUUGUGCCGGACCUCAUAUACCGCAGACUCUUAUUUACAAUACCGAUGGUACUCGUCUUGCUACUUGGGAUACGAAUGAAGAAAUCUCAUCUUUAUUAGACGGUCACUCUAUACCUCAAACUGUACGCAUCACACUGCCGUCCGCGGACAUCCAGCUGCAAGUGCCCAGCGACUAUCUCAACAGAACUAAUGUACCUCUCCUAGUAUAUGUAUACGGCGGUCCAGACACAGCUCUAGUGACGCGUCAGUGGAAUAUCGACUGGGGCACGUCGCUGGUGGCGCGUUGGGGCAUCGCCAUAGCGCACAUCGACGGGCGCGGUUCCGGUCUGCGGGGCGUCGAGAAUAUGUUCACCAUUAACAGGAAGCUUGGCACUUACGAGAUAGAAGACCAGAUCGCCGUAACUAGGUACUUACAGCAGCAUCAUUCGUGGAUAGACAGUAACCGCACAUGUAUUUGGGGUUGGUCGUACGGCGGGUACGCUUCGUCGCUGGCGCUUGCCCGCGGCGGGGAAGUAUUCCGGUGCGCGGCCGCUGUAGCACCCGUAGUGGACUGGAGGUUUUAUGACACUAUAUACACAGAGCGGUAUAUGGGCUUACCCAGUGAGAACGCCGCAGGUUACGCUCAGUCUUCGCUUCUAACCGAUGAUGUUGUGGAGGCAUUCCGUAAUAAACGAUACAUGCUGAUCCAUGGCACAGCAGAUGACAACGUGCACUUCCAACACUCUAUGCUCAUAUCAAGGCUAUUACAAAGACGAAAUGUUUACUUCACGCAGAUGACUUAUACAGACGAAGACCACGCUCUUACGGGUGUUCGGCCCCAUCUCUACCACGGUUUGGAGAAGUUCUUACAAGAAAACAUGCUUUAA